AUGCACGGGGUGGGGGAGGGGCCUGGCUCGGCGCCGGGGGCCGCGGAAGCUUCGGUGGUGGCGGCGUCAUCGUCAUCGUUGGGCGUUGUCGUUGUUGGCAUCGUCUUCGUUGGGCAUCGUCAUUGUUGGGAAUUGUCACUGUUGGGAAUUGUCAUCGUCACGUUGGGCAUUGUCAUUGUUGGCAUCGUCUUCAUUGGGCAUCGUCAUCGUUGGGAAUUGUCAUCGUCAUCGGUGUCAUUGUCAUUGUUGACAUCAUCUUCAUUGGGCAUCGUCAUUGUUGGGCAUUGUCAUCGGUGUCAUCGUCAUUGUUGGGAAUUGUCAUUGUCAUCGGUGUCACUGUCGUUGGGUAUUGUCACUGGUGUCAUUGUCAUUGUUGGUCAUAGUCAUUGUUGGGAAUUAUCAUCAUCGGUGUCAUUGUCAUUGUUGGGAAUUAUCAUCAUUGGUGUCAUUGACAUUGUUGGGCAUCAUCAUCAUUGGGCAUUGUCACUGUCAUCAGUGUCAUUGUCAUUGGUGUCAUUGGUGUCAUUGUCAUCAUUGGGCAUUGUCAUUGGUGUCGUUGUCAUCAUCAUCAGUGCCACUGCUGUUGUCAUGGCUGUCCUUGACAUCAUUGGCCAUUGCCAUCAUUGGCCAUCAUCACUGAUGGCCAUUGUCAUCGUCAUCAGUGUCAUUGUCAUUGUUGGUCAUUGUCACUGGCCAUUGUCAUUGUCACUGUUGGUCAUUGUCAUUGUUGGUCAUUGUCACUGGCCAUUGUCAUUGUCAUCGUUGUUCAUUGUCAUCAUUGGCCAUCAUCCUCAUUGUCAUCGUUGGCCAUCGUCAUCGUUGUCAUCGUCACCACCACCGCGGCUGCCGCGUUCCCGGCACCGGCACCGCCGGGAGCCGGCUCCGGCCGCCCCAACAUUCCCAAAACCCCGCGGGAAUUCCCCGUUUUGGUUCCUGCCCGAUCCGGGGCCGACCGGGAGCGCGCGGAAGAACGGAGGAGUUCUGGCAUCGGGAACGGCGUCGGGAGCGCGGGGCGGGAUUCCCGCGGACGCCGUGGAAUUCCCGCGGAUUCUCGAGGAUUUCCAUGGAAUUCCUGCAGAUUCUGGAGGAUCUCUGUGGAAAUCUCGUGGAUUUCUGAGGAUUCCAAAGGAUUUCCAUGGAAUUCCCACAGAUUCCAGAGGAUUUCCAUGGAAUUUCUGUGGAUUCCUGAGGAUUUCCAUGGAAUUCCCACAGAUUUCAGACGAUUUCCAUGGAAUUUCUGUGGAUUCCUGA